AUGGGGCGACGCAAGAUCGAGAUUCAGCCCAUUCAGCAUGACCGAAACCGUUCUGUCACCUUCCUCAAACGAAAGAAUGGAUUGUUCAAGAAGGCGUAUGAGCUAGGCGUUCUCUGCUCUGCCGAUGUGGCAGUUAUUGUAUUCGGACACAACCACAAACUCUAUGAAUAUUGUUCGACCGACAUCAACGCCCUGCUUACUCGUCAACGGGAGGUAUGUCGAGCUUGCCCAGUCCAUUGCAGGCUCUCGUUGACACAGUUAAUAGUACAGUGGCGAUCGUGA